GACGGUGGUUGGUCGUAGCGAAGAAGUGACAGUGAAACACUCGACGGUACGGGCUGGAGAGUAGUAAAACCGUAAAACCAAACAUACAAAAGAAAAACAUCAAACACGAUAUUAAAUAACAUCGGGGUACCGCAUUGCAAAAACGGAACAGACGGACGCACGGUUAAAAACACAAAAAGCGAAAAAAUUUAAAUUCACAUUUUGAAAAGUGUUAACGAAAUUAUAACAAAACAACAACAAUUUCAACGAAAUUUUAAGUGAUUAAAGUGAGUGAGUGUAACCGAAAAGGGUUUAUCAAUUUAUUAACUUGGUGAAAAAAAUCGAAAGAAAUUCAAUAAAGCAACGAAACACAAAAUAUUUUCAACAGCAAGACCCACAACUCUUCAAAUUAAAAAGAAUGUCCGAGAUGAUGUGACAAAAGCUCAAGUUAAUGGAUAAGCAAUAGCUGCAACAAAUCACUGCCCCCUCUGACUGGAAGAAAAAACUGAAAUAUUAUCUGCUUCGAACAUUUUUAACAAAGAUUUGGGAUCACUUCAGCUUUUGGCCAGAAAUCCUCUUUUGAAGCCAACAAAACCUGCCUUUUGGGCUUUUCAUCUUUACAAAUGUGGUUGCCGAUAUAACGAAAAAAAAAAAAAAUCAAACACCUACGAUUACGAUUAGCUUCACCUGCCUGCGCAACACAACAGCCAUUUUGCCAUUUCUGUUGUUCUCCCCUUUAAAUAGCCGUUAGUGAUGCCCAUCUAUCAUAAGACCCCACCCUCGGUGGUGGGCAAUCAUGCGACAUCAGAUAUCGAUAAUCAUACCUCCGAGGCGGCCAAAGUGAAGAGGACUCGCGAACAUGCCUAUUUCAAUUCCUAUGAUUUUGAUGCGAUUGAGGUCUUGCCCUAUGACGAGGAGGACGAAGAGGAAGAAGCUGGGCAGAGCGGUCUGCGUCAAGCAGCAACAAGUAGUCAGUCGCCUCAUGCGAAUAGUCAACAAAAAACGCAUGCAAGUCCAUUGAGACAGCAACAUCAGCCUACGAAAUAUGCUUUUGGCCAAAAGCCCAAAGCAUUGGCCCCCGAGGCUCUGAAGCAAUCAAAACUACCUGCGAAUCAUGGCCAAAUUGGCUUAAAAAGCUCCAAUAGUGAUAAUUUCUUAGUCGAUAAUCAUAGGCUGGGUGACUCAAGCUCGAAGACUCCAAUUACGGGGCAUGUGGGUAAAAUCCCCACUAAAUACAACAGCUAUUUGCAACGUUUUGGUGUGACGUUAUUUGGUGGAGGUGGUGGUGCUGCUGGUGGUGUUGAUUCCUUGAACACCAACAAAUCUGCAUCGUCACCCCAUCAGCAAACAUCUUUACGCGCAUCAUCCUCAUCGUCAGCGUCAUCAGCGACUUUGUCAACAACAACAGCAACCUCUUCAUCGCUGGUGGCUGAUGCGGCUGUGGAUGACAGCAAACACUUAAAGGUGUCAUCCUCGGGAUUGUCCUCAACAUCCGCAUCCGCAUCAUCCUCAACAUCAUCAUCAUCGCCUUCAUCCAAAACACGAGAAUCCACCACCCCCUCCAUUUCCAUGUGCUCGGGUUCCACAGCCACGUGCUCAGCCCUAGCUGCGGAUAGCCUUAAUUGCGAGUCGUCUGGCCAUAGAGACCCCUCUGUCAUGGCAAAAUCUAAACUGGUUGAUAAUAAUAAUGGGGCGGAUGUGGCUGUAAAGGAUAUCUCCAUGAAUGGGGGAGCAGUCACAGCAACAGGUAAUGCUGCUGUUGCCAGCUGCAAUGGAAAUGUGGCGCUGGUUGUGGGUUCUUCUUCUACUGCUGCUGCUGCGUCAACUGUCUCUGCUGAUGGUAAUUUUUUAUUACCGCGAGCCAUGCUUAAAUAUCAAAGCAAUGCGGCGGCGAAUGGCAUUUGUGGCAACAACAGCAGUCAUCUUGCCGCAGCAACAUCGGGCACAAAUUCAAUGUCAUUGCCAACAGCGUCAAUGGCGCUGUCAAAUUCCAAUGCCGCUACGGCGACAUCAACACAAACAGGAUCAACACCUGCCCCAGCAACGGCAUUAGCCACGACAGACAACACUGCCACCAAUCGUCUGAAAAAACACUCAACCACCUCAUCUUCACUGAGUUCCCUAGGAUCCGAGGAGAUAGUGGAAAUCCAUCAUGUCGUCGAUCCCAACGAUAGGGAUGGGAAAUCACUUAGCAAGGAAUUUAAGGUUUUACCCAAAACUGUAGGAGCUAAAGCGCCUCGAAGAGCUGCCUCCCAUCAGUCCCACUAUUCCACAGAUAAGAGUGCCUCCUCGGGCUAUUACAGCUCGAAUGUGUGCUCCACAUAUUCGCUGGAGGAGCACAUCUACAGCGAACCCACCAUCGAACUGAAAGAAAUGCCGCUGGAUGAAAGUCUCAAUGCGGCCAGCCAUACUGCCACAAUGGGCAGCAACAAACCAGUUGAGGACAGCACUUUGCAGCAUCAUGCCAGCGCCAGCGCCAUCAACACCACAACCACCAAGGCGGCAGCAAUUGGGGAGGCCGUUUGCAGUGGCCCCGCUGCCACUGGCUGCAGUGUCAUGCGUACUCUCGAAUAUAACAGACGCUAUAGAUAUACGGACCACAAUGUCGAAGGUGUUCUGCAAACUGUACCCGCCCCCACAGCGACAAAUGCCUCCUCCGCCCCCAAACUCAGUUCCGAGGAGUUCAAUGAAAAUCUGCGCAUACUGGAGACAAGUAUUGAGAACUUGGAUCGCCAUUUAAAAUCAUUUCCCGGGGUCAUAGCCCAUCCUGUAGCCGAAGCCCUGGUCGCUGCGUAUUCGCAGAGCUCCUACCCGGCAGAGAAACUGAGAUCUUCCUACAGUCAUUUGCCCACCAUAAGAGAAGGCUAUGAUGGCACGGCCAAACGGGUAUGGCGACAAGAGGACCCCGUUAACGAUGACUCUUUGUUGGAUAUUGAUUUGGACUCCUUCCUUUUGGAUGAGGGAAAGAAGGAGAGGAAACGCUCUCACGCUCAACUGCCGGCCGCCAAGGGGGGCAUUGACAAUCCCACCUUUCUCAACGAAGAGCUGGAGGAGAAUCAUUACAAAUGUGCCAAAUACAUCAACUCCUGCCCCGAGGAUGCCUAUCGUGUGGAGAGCGAUAUCAUAGCUCCGGCACGCAGUUGCCGCUCGGAUCAAUCGGUGGCGGCCGCCUCAUCGGUGGACUUAUAUCCCAAGCGUUAUGAGGAUCAAAUACAUUUUCAAAAUACCCGCGAACUACUCGAAGAUGUGAGAGACAAAAUUCGUCUGCUCACACUGCACACUGCCGAACCCAUGGCCUCAUCCAAACGUGAUUUGAGUCUUAAGGGCAAUUUAUCAUCGCCACCACCUCCCCAUCAGCUGGCUCUGGAUGAGUAUAUACCCAAGGAGUUGCACACCAUGAUAGGCACCCUGAAAAGAGAGCUGGAACUCUACUUGCAGCGCAUGAAUCAGCAUAGUGAGCUGGAGAUACGACAACUCUGCACCGGUUUGGUGAAGAAUCAGCACAUAGUCAAAAUGAAGAAUGCCUUUGAGAGGCGCAGGUCUUUGACAGAUGCCAGUGAACAGUUAUCCACCUAUGAGACCUUACAAGGCGAGAUGAGGGCCUUGGGUGCCAAUGGAGGUGUGGGUCCCAUAAGUAUACGACAGCAGGUGACCACCAUCAAGUGUGCCAGUGAUCCCAACUUUAAAAUGAAACGAAAAUCCCUCACUGAAGUGUUCCCCAUAAGUGAGUGUUACAUUGAAAGCUUGCCCCUGGAACCGGAAGGUCCUCCCCCUCUGCCUCUACCCAGCGGAGGCUCUCAGCUACAAAGGAAUCUAAACUUUCACCAGCCCAGCAUACAACAGUUUCAGGCCCAGUCAUCGGACAGCAGCAGCAGUUUCGAAAAGGCCAAACUUCAAGACAACACCAGCGCCAGCAGCAGCGGCCGCCAGGUUUCUCGCACCUCUAGUGGCAAUGAAUCCAAUGACAAAGACUCCAUACUGGAUUGGCAUCGCAAAAAGCCCAGCAUCUGGGAAAUGUAUUAUGGCACCAAUCGCAUUCAACAAUACCUGCUGGGCUGCAAUGGCAAAAACAAGGGCCUAAUGGUCACUGGCAAUGGAGCCAGCAGCAGUACCUCUUCACCCAUGUGCUAUCCCUCAUCUCGACCUGAAUCGGAUUUCACAUUGGAUUUGCCAAGAGCCGAACAGUUGCGCAUAAAAAUGGAGAAAGAGAAGAAAUACCGCCAAAAAUGUCGUGUUAUUACUACAUUUUUAAGUUUAGUCUUCUUUCUGCUAACCCUUAUGGUAGUUAGUCUUAUACUGACCCGUGGCAAACGUAUGUUUGGUAGUAUGAUUUAAAAAUGGUCAACCAAGACCUAGACCUAGACCACUCUCCACCUUGUAGUGUCUUUGCUUAUAAGAUUUUAAUUUGUGUAAGUCUGUCUAAUUGAAAAAAUGUGGACCCCUAAACGAUUAAACAAAAAAGAAGAUGGCAUAAUGUGGUGUUGACGACGGUCUGGUAACCCUGUAAUGCAAAACCAAAGGUCUGUCCCAACAGAGGUGCAUAUUACACGACAUGUACUUUACAUCUGUGCUGUCACGUUUUUUAUCCGCAAGACCUUCCUUAUCUAUCUCAAAUAGAGCGCGCUCUAAUCGGCAUGUAUUCUCAUAUGUAUUGUCUGCAUCUAUGUUCGAUAGUAAAAGACCAAUGGCACUAUCGAUUCUCAUUUUCAGGAUUCACUGAAUAAGGUUAAGCAAAGCGAUCAGCCGACAUAUAAUUUUUUUUUUAAUUUUUGGCAGUACUUGACAAUGGGGAUGUCAACUUCUUCUUUUUUUAUAUUCAUUCUUUGUUAACGUUUUCUCCUAUUUGAUAACACUUUCAAUCGCCAGAUUUGACAUCCUUAAUGAUGUUCAUGGGGCCUUUUCACUUUAUGUUUUCGCAAAUGACCUAACCUUCUAUAAGGAAUCCUGUAUCGAUACUAUUGAUACUUUAUUUUUUGUCUGAACAUCGAUUGAUAUUUUUCCUAUCGAUACUAUCGGCAAAGUUCAAAUGUUUGCAAAAUUUAAAUAACGAUUCGACACUAAAUGUAUCCCAUAAGACAAAUUGCGCCUCAAGAGGUCGCAAUUUUCAUCCGAUUGGGCCAACAUUUUGUACAAUGAUUUCUCUCAUGACUUCCAUGUGACUUUAUUGAAUAUGGUUUUACUCGUACAUUAAUAAAUCAAUCUUCUGAUUUUGACUUCCCAUUUUCAUUUGAAAUAUAGGUGAUGGCAAAUUAACGAUAGUUCGAUACUAUCGAGUGUUGCGAUUAUCGAGUUUGCCUACUCUAGUGUAAGAGCUCGCUUUUAUCAGAAGAAUUGCAUAUUUAAUCCAAAAUCCAUGUUUCAUAUUAUUUUUUUUUUCAUAUGAGAAUACAUAUCGUGUAAUAUUCCCUUAACAGUUAGAGUUGUAUAGCAAAAUCAGCUGAUUUCAUAAUGGGGAAAACAGAUGUUCGAGUGAAUGAUCACCUAUUGAACGCACAAAAUAACCAAAAAAAAAAAUACCUGUAUUUUAUAGCCCUUAAAUGAGUGACUUGCUUUUCCUUUUUGAAAACAGCUGAUUUUGACAUAUAUGCGAAUAAAAAUAGCUCAUAUUCAGUGACAAAAAGUUAUUGGGACAAUCGAUUGAAAAUGACGCAAGUAAGAGAAAACAUAAACAUAGAAUGAAUUUAAAAAAGGAACAAGGUGACAUCCUCAAUUCCAAGCAUAAUCCCAAGGCGGAUUAAAAAAGGUGGUCUCACCCUAACAUCUGCUACCAACCGGCCAGCUUUGAAGGUAUUAAGAUGACAUAUUUUUGUUUGCAUUCUCUUUGUUGUUAUAUUCUUUCUCGCGUAUUCUCUGGUCAUGUACGCACAGGUAUACACACAUGCAGACAAAUUUCUUUGUACGUGUUGGCAAAACGUCGAUCAGCUUGAUGGCAAGAUGGCGGAUUCCACCAUAUGAUUUGUGGUUGUUGUACAAACGAGACCACCUUUAAUUGUUUCGUCAUGGCAUAAUCCUAGAAAAGCCUAUGGGGGGUACUUCCUGAAAAUGUUUAUGGGUCGAUUAUGGAUGGCAACCCAAAUUGAGUUGCGUUGCCAAUGACCAAAUUUGUUACAGAAAUUUUAAUUUUUAUAUUGAAUUACGUUCUAUUUUACAAAUUUCUAAGUAGCUGAACUUUAUACAAAUUUUCACUUCGUGUUUUUGUCUUCUGGCAGCGCAACCAUAGUCGAGUUGCAAUCCAUAAUCGACACAUUAGCCUCUCCCCAGAUUUUUGAUUUUCAACUCGUCUGAUCGCUUUCCGCAACCUUAUUUAAGCUGCUAUCAGCUUAUCCGUAAAGGCUAAACAUGUGCUAAAUUUGACAUGCCAAAUUUAACACAUGUUGAGUUGUACAUGUCGUGUGAUACAAACGAAACUAACAUAUGAAAAUCACAUUUCAAAGUAGCACAUGUAGUUUUUUCGAUUAGAGCCUGCUCUAUUCCUUCUGACAAAAACAAAGAAAUCAGCUAUUUUUGUUAUCAGUCGAAUGAAAGCAACCACAAAAUAAAUUAUUUUCACAAAUUUAGAACAAAAACAGCUGAUUAAGAAAUAAAGCACGCUCUAAUCGAAAAAACAAGAUGUGUCAUUUUGAAAUAUGAUUGUCACAUAUUAGUUUCAUUCGUAUCACACUAUGUGUGCAACUUUAACAAAUGCAAAAUUUUACAUGCGAUAAGAGUUUGUAAUAGGAAGCUAGCAAAUGUGUGCUGGAGUUAUUUUUCACAGCAGCAUCGAACAGAUUUUUUUUUUAAAUAUCUGAUUUUUUUUCUAAAAAAAAAGCAAAACGAAAUAAUGGCUGUUUUAACACACCUGCAAAUUUUUACUGGAAAAGUACACGAACAUACCGAUGUUGUGAUAGCAGCUUUAGUGAAUCCGGUGUAGUGGGCAGAAUACACUUUUGAGGUGAUGCGAACAGCUGAGUACAAUUUUGUUAUUUUUGUUUUGAAUCAAAUUGUAUCAUUUGUAGUGUGUGUAAAAUUUAAAGUCAGCUGAUCGCUUGCCGCUACUCUUUGUAAUCUUAUCCUGCUGCCCAGAAUUCACUGAGUAAGGUUAAGCCAAGCGAUCAGCCGACAUGUAUUUAAUUUUUAGCAGUACUUCCCAUUAAGGAUGUCGACUUGUUUUUUUCUUUCAUAUUCAUUCCUUAUUUAUGUUUUCUCCUAUUUGAUGACAUUUUCAAUCGACAGAUAUGACAUCCUUAAUGAUUUCCAUGGGGCCUAUCCACUUUACGUUUUCGCAAGUGACCUAACUUUUUAUUAGUAAAUCCUAUCCUGUUGCUUCCCACAUUAAUAUUUUAUUGAUUUUUAAAUUUUUGUACUUAUUGCCCAAAUGUGGAAACGACCCAUUAAAUAAGAUAAUAACUAUGGUUGCCAGAUUUGCUUACCAAAUGACAAAUUCCAUCGUGAUGCCAUCACACCUAAAAUUUUAAUUGUUUUCUUUUAAGUUAUCUGUGCCGUUUAGUUUUUUUCUAAUUUUAUUUAAUAGCUUAGAUUAAUUAGGCAUUUUUAAAUUGACACAAUGCUUUGCUAAUGGGGUUCUUUUCUUAUUUAGCCAAAUGAUUGCGUAUAAACUAUGUGUAAAAUAUCCCCAACUGAUUUAGUUUUUCACUUAAUCUUAAUAAUAUAUGUGUUUAAAUAACAUUUUUUUUUUAUAUGGCAGCAGUAUUGAUUAAUAAAUUAUUUUGUGAUCUUAGCUUUGUAAGAUUAUUUUAGCAUUUAAAUAACUAAAUAAUAAUAUAACGAAUUUUUGUAUGUAAAUAAUAACAUAUCGUACGAGCUACUGUUUGUAGAUGAAAAACGAUCAUAAAUGAAUAAUUAGCUAUAGAGUAAAUUGUUAGAACGAAUAAACACACACAAUAAGCAAUAGUUUAAGUUUAAAAUACGAUAAUGUUUAUAUAAAAAGAAAAACAAA